CUCGCAACCACGAGCAGCUGUGACAGUGUGAGCAAACUGGACAUUAACUUCUUCGUCGCGAUGCUGGAUUUGUCCAUCUUGGAUAAGGUCUCAUUGGAGGAUCUACUGGAUGCUGUGAUUGACCGGAUUGACAAAAGUGCGAGGAAAUGGAGUACGGAUCAGCUUGGCUCAAUCAGAGGCGCCUCCGGAUUGCAGCGGCAAUGAUCAGAGGCACUCGUAAUUCCCUUCAGCCAAUCAACCGACUUCCCCCAGAGCUACUCGCCAUAAUAUUUCUAAUGGUGCAACAGCAUCUCCCCAGCUUUCUGCCGAUUCCUCGUGCGGGCGUUUACAAGCAGAGGCACCAUCUGGAAUGGCUAAAAGUUCUGCACGUCUGUCGUCAUUGGCGGGCUGUAACUGCGACAUGCGCAAGGCUAUGGGCUACAAUAGACAGCGAUCUGGCUCCUUCGACUUUUAUACGCCGUUCUGCUAAGGCACCUCUGACUGUCUACGUUGGCAUCAGAAGCGGGAACAUACAUCAGCAGGACCUCGAAACCAUUCUUAGCCAGACACGCCGUAUCCGCGAACUCCACAUCGAUGCGUUCAGAUGGCAGAUCUCCGCGACACCUCUGUACGAACUCCUCAAAAAACCAGCAAAGAGCCUUGUCAGUCUGACGAUCUUGAUCGACAGUGAUCGUAAUUCCACCCCUCACGACCUACCACCGACUCUCUUCAGCGCGGAAAUGCCCAAGCUGAGGCAGCUCUGCUUAGCACACGUCACCUCUUGGCCUAAAAGGCUUUUCCGCGACCUCACCCACGUCUGCCUCUACCAACAAGACCGCGAAUUCCGACCCUCCACGAGCGACUUUCUCGAUUUCCUGGAGGGCUGCCCCUUAUUGGAGGAACUCGCGUUAAUUGACGCGGGUCCGACAAGGUCGACAGCUGGUGACGUCCCGGCUGUCCUGUCGCAUCGCGUUGUUCCGCUCGAUCAUCUACGUGAGCUGAACUGCGGAAGCAUGGGAUACGCCCUCCCCAUCACCCGAUUGUUAUCUCACCUUGCGCUCCCCGCAUCUACAGCCAUGUAUUUCUGGGGUGCCCCCCUGCAGUUACCGACAGAGGAGCUUUCCCAACUCAUACCUGAUACUAACCGCACGCAUCUCCAAAAUGUUCGCGGCAUAAAAGAGUGCCGUCUCAUCCGCUCCCCUCUUUCAGUCGGCAGCUCAUACCAACUCGUCGCGGUAGUAGAUUCCAUCAUCUACAUCUGCGGUCCGUUCUCCCCUCCCGAAGUGGUAGGAAUGAUAUCACAUUAUCUCCUGAGCCACGUAAGGACGUUAGUGAUCAAGGAAUGCCUCUAUACGUUUACUAAUAUCACCGACACAAUGUGGAGAGACGUGUUCGGGUACUUUCUUACACAUCUCCGGCUGCGCCCGUACUAUCUCACGCGAAGUAUUCUCUCCGCGUUGUAUCCAUCACAGAAUCCACCGCGUACUGGUGGUGAUAUCCUCUGUCCUUCCCUCAUUUCUGUGCAAAUCGAAGGUGGCAAUGACGCCGUCGCUACUGCUUAUAUCGCGUUGUUAGCAGGGGCGCGCAGGGAGGGAGGUAGCCCCAUAGUCGACCUGAAGAUAUCACCUUUCCACCAUCACCGUCUGGAUCCUAAACUUCCUUCUCCUUCCUCAUCCCCAUCCACUCACAGUACCAUAUCUGUUUCGGAUUCAGAUGACCUACCAGCCGAGGAGGAGGACGCCACUAUCCUGACGGAGCGCAUUCCUAACGUCCAGGUGCUCAAAGAGCAGGACGUCAGCAUGUCCCCCCCCCGAUGGCCGACUCGCGCGUACAUGUGGCAUUUGAAGCAUGCGAAUCGACGAACGCCGGCUCGAUGGUGAAUCUUAUCGAUAAGAUCGAACCAGAUCAAGAUAUAGAUACAACACGCACACUGUACAAUUGUAAAAAAUAAAUUUAAUGUGAGAUA